CAAAAAGGACAGUUCCACCCGCUCGCUGCUGCCGACAUUGUUUUCACUGAUCACACCUUCCUCUGGCAAACAAAAAUCACUCUUUGUGCCUUUAAAAGUUAAAAAUAACCUACAGAUCAGCUUAUUUGUCGUAUUUUUCGGAGUCUGUCCAUCUGAAACAUCUGCAGGAGGGAAGGUUGAAUGCGAGGAGCAGCACGGGUAAAUUAUUGAUUGGGCCGGUCCUGCUAUAAAAACGAAACUCCGCCUGGGUUCUGCUCAUUGUCUUCAAGACGCCAAGAUGAGCUACGGAUCCGACAUCUACUCUGCCUCUUCCUAUCGGAAGAUCUUCGGAGACUCUACCCGCUUCUCAGCCUCUCCAUCCCGGCUGAGCAGCUCCCGGAGCGGCUUUAAGUCUCAGUCCGCGACCCGCACCAGCAUCCCCAGCACCUACAAGCGCAGCACCCGAUCUGCCUUCCCAUCUUCAUCUUUGACUCUGGAAAGCUUCGACUUCACCCAGAGCACAGCACUUAAUAAUGAGUUCAAAAUCAUCCGUACCAAUGAGAAGGAGCAGAUGCAAGGACUCAAUGACCGUUUCGCGAUGUUCAUCGAUAAAGUUCGCAAUUUGGAGCAGCACAACAAAGUGUUAGAAACCGAGCUCGUGACCCUGCGACAGCGCCAGACAGAGCCGUCCCGUCUGGCCGAACUUUACCAGCAGGAGAUCCGAGAGCUGCGCUCCCAACUCGAGGAACUUAACGCGGAGAAGAACCAGAUGAUGUUCGAGCGCGACAGCAUUGAGGAGGACAUUCAGAAACUCCAGGAGAAGUUCGAGGAGGAGAUGAGAAUGCGCGAGGAGGCUGAGCAAACGCUUAGAGCUUUCAAGAAGGACGUGGACAACGCCACCAUGGUGCGCCUAGACCUGGAGAAAAAGGUCGAAUCCCUUCUGGACGAGAUCAACUUUAUGAGAAAUGUGCACGACGAGGAGGUUACUGAACUCAUGAACAUGAUCCAGGCUGCCCAGGUGUCCGUGGAGAUGGAAGUGGCCAAACCCGACCUCACCUCCGCCCUCAAGGAGAUUCGCGGCCAGUACGAGGCUAUGGCGAAUAAGAACUUGCAUUCCGCUGAAGAGUGGUACAAGUCCAAGUUCACCGACCUCAGCGAAAAGGCCAACAAGAGCAACGAGGUCAUUCGUGCUAGCAGGGAAGAGCUCAACGAGUUCAGGAGACAGCUGCAGUCAAAGACCAUCGAGAUCGAAAGCCUGAAGGGCACCAAUGAAUCGCUGGAAAGACAGAUUCAUGAGAUGGAGGACAGGCACAACGCUGAGGUCAUGGGCUUCCAGGAUACAGUUGGGCAGCUGGAGAAUGAUCUGAGGAGCACUAAGAGUGAGAUGGCCCGUCACCUCAGGGAGUACCAAGACCUGCUGAAUGUCAAGAUGGCGCUUGACAUAGAGAUAGCUGCUUACAGGAAACUGUUGGAAGGGGAGGAGACACGUAUCAGCACUGGGAUCCCCUACCCCACCCCUGCCUCAGUGUCCAGCUACAGCUACCUGUCCCGUAUGUACAGCAGCACUAGCACUAGUGGAAAGAAGGAGGUCAAGGAUGAUGACGACAAACAUCAGCAGAGCAACAAACCCGGCAAAGGCUCCUCCCAGUCUGACGACUCCAUGAAGAGUGACACAAUCGACUCUGGAGAUGUGAACCCCACCAACCAGAAAAACUAAAUGUCUCAACCCUCUUUCUCUCUUCCUCUCCUCCCUCUGCCUUCUCCAUUACCCUCUUUUUCCUUUUCCCAAGCAACCCCCCUCCACAAAGGGGGUCUCAGAGAGGAAUUUCAACUUAUUCUCCACUAAUUCACUUCCCACUCAGUCACGGUGCAGCAUUUCUUCUGUAGCAAACCACUAAAUACUCAAUACAGACUGUUUGAUGCAUAUAUUCUCUGUUUCUAUCGUCACAUUUAACUGUACUAUAACAGGCUUUUCUCAGCACAUUGCAUUAAGGAAAUGUCUAUGUGGUUAGCUUAGGUGAAUUUAGCUUAUUGUGCUGCAUUUUUUCCAAAAAAAACAGCACAAAACUUGACUUGCAAUAAUAUUUUCUGUCUUGCAAUAUAAGCUUGUUGUCUUUGCAUCAUGCCAGCCCUAGUAAAAAUGGCAUCUUGGAAUAUCAUCGCAUCAGAAUUGCAUCAGUUUCUUGACUCCAAUUAUCUUCUCGGUAUGUUCAUAAUGCUAAAAAAUACAAAAAAGUAAAAUAAACAAGUAAAAAUAGGAAUCCAGAACUAUACAUGCAUAGUUUUGGAAACACUCCAUACAUCAAAUUCCUCUCCAAGACUGCUCUCGAUUCCAUUUUAAACAUACAGUAUCUCACCCACUUGCCCUUUAAAGUGACAAGGAUUUGAGCCUAAUAGCGAGUCCUCACUGCAUGAGGUGUAUCUGCUCUUUAUAUGGUGACUGUACAGUAUGUGGGUCCUACAGAAGUUUACCUACACAUUCAUAGCGGUGUGCUUACGUAAGGCUGCAUUAGUUCACCAGCCAACUCUGAGAACAAAAUAUUACACAGUACUGCUGAAGCCUGCGCUAAAUGCUUGUGAUUAAUACAAAUUCUGACAAACACUUUAUAGUCAAUCACGUCAGGGCACUUAAAUGUAUGUAAACAGCAUCUCAUUCAUAUCAGUUUUCAGAAUGAAGGGGUAUGGUGGAAAAUAGGAAGAUAUUGUGAUAGAAAUAAUAGAAUAAAGAUAGUUUGAAUCCAGAAUUGGUUGUGUUUGGCCGGAUGAUACAAAUAUUAUGAAUUUAUUAGGGAAAGUAAGUCUAUAUUUAGAAUUUAGAAAAUGCAUUAACAUUUCAACAUUUUACUUGUAUAUUUGUGGAUGCCUGAAACACAUUUACAGUAUGGAAACACAGUUACUAACACAACGUUUCACAAUGCAUCUCAAACACCUAUACUUCAUACUUCAAUCUAUUGUACUUUCAUACAAAGAAGUCACUGUCACAGCAAACCUCCAUUAACUAUGGGUCAACAAUGAAUCUCUUUGGUAAAUUUAUACAAUUUUUGUGAAAUAAUUUCAGAACACUUCUGCUACACUGCCAGGUUUUAAUACCACUUGCCUCUAUGUCAUGACUUUGGUUAAGCCUGACUUGCUGCACUCUUUCUGUAGACACUUUGAACAGUUGGAUAUAGUUGGGCUUAAUUCACUUUAAGGACUGUAUGAUGGGAACCAAAGUAAAUGGAAUUCUGUCUCUAUUGGAAUCAGUUUUUCUUAGCUGCAAAGGGAAUGUCAGGGCAAAUCUAGAAAUUUGUUUUUACAUUCUCACAGACGCUCCUUAGGCCUGGUAACCUUGUCAUGAAAAUCUGAACAUUUUGGGAUUUGCUCUGCUAUUUUUGGGAGAGCGAAAGGAGAUUGCAGAAAUCAUAGUGACACAAUGUAGUCUGAAGGAGAAUUUCAAACUGCACUGCCACACUUUUGCAAUCAACAUCCCUCAAUAAAAAAGGCAACCCACAAUUACACCAAUAACAAUCUGUCUAAAACAUGCUACUAUUUAUGUAUGAACGCUCUCGGUUAAAAACAAAAUGCCUUAAGCCACCAGCAGCUUUCUGAAUCUGGCAAGGUGUGCAUUAACCUGUUAUUUCUGCUAAGGAUGUGACUUUAUCUAAUGUCUAGGGGCCACUGUGUACUCGAUGACUGAAAACUUUAGAAGCUGAAUGUAGUUGAUGUAAUUUCUAUUUAGUCAUUAUCUACUGCUGUAUGGCACAUGUCCAAUAAAGACUUGACGUUA